AUGCAGACUACCCCUACGAUCUACCAAUACAUUCGAAGCUCACGUACGCGGGCGCGACGUGCCUCGGCCGUGAUUCCCGGCACGGCGGCGCCCGUGUACACUGGCAACCCACCUUUCGACUACUUCUACGCUCUAGGUCGGCAUGCAGACUACCCCUACGAUCUAUCAAUACAUUCGAAGCUCACGCUCUCUCUACUCGGCGCCGCUGGCGCCCACGUGGGCGACCGGCAGGAACUCGGCCUCCCUCAGGCUGUCCAAAUGCCUCCAUUCGCGCGUAAUUCACUCCCAUCUGGGCCGACACCGGGGCUACCUCGCGAGUGCGUCCGAGUUCUGGAAGAUAGAUACGCUCACAGCCACGUGACUUCACACGAACCACGUCUGGGUUUGGAGAAACACCUUACAGAGAGAAGUCAAGCAGCCAAGGAGAAAGGGGAGACGGUGAUGGCAGCCAAAGGACCGCUAAGUGUGGCGUUCAACCCGUUCGCGUGUUUGCCCGAGGAACAACUGGACGAGACUACAGGGGAGCUGAUCGUCACUAAAGGGGUCGACAUAUUCGAGGCGGAUGAGGAAGAGAAGUCGUCAGUGGAUGAAUAUGAAUACGAAGCAGUGGGGAGAAAUGAUACGAUUAAGGAAGAUAUUAUACGAGUGGCUAUGAAGCAGCUGGAUCGAGAGCACAUUCUACGAACGUCGAGGGAGAUUUUUGAAGUCUUCAAGGUGUACGGAAUGGCAGUACUGUCCGAGAGAUUAAGUUUAUCACUAGCGUUACCACACGUGUCGCUACGUCUCAACAAACAGUCGGAGAUGGUGACGCCAGCGAGACUCACGAGACAGAGACAACGUGUUCUUUCGGUAGCGAAUCUGGCGAAAUGUGCCGUUUCUCUGGGCAUCGCGGAGCUAAUUCAGGGAAAUGAGCACGAAGCUGCUCGACUGCAAGAAGAAUAUGGACUAGCGAACACUCUUCGUGCCUUCGUGGGCUUCUACAGUGCCGUCGCGACCACUUCGACGCCCUCAAAUCGCCCCAUGGCGAUGAUGCAGUCAGUGGGAGAAGCCCGUGUGUUUAUAAACAGCAAGGCGUGUGACGAACUCCACGCACCAGGAGAGAGACCAGCUUCCGACGCAGCUCUAGAGCGAAGGCGUCAACCGUCUCUGCUACUGCGCCAAUGCAUCGACUCGACUCGACUUGAAACCCUCUUUGAGACGCUCAACAAGGAGCAAGAAGCGCAACGACAGCGAAGCGAAGCUGCUCCUUCACUUCGAAAGAGGAGACCCAAGAAGAAGAAAACCGUUGAUGGGUUUGCUGCAACCGCUGGCUGUGUCACUCGCAAUCUAGAGCGCUUCCUCCAUCGCCGGUUCCUCUUCUGCCUCGAAGAGAUUGUGGUGCUCUUUGCUCAGCGUAAAACGGAGGCUUGUCGAGCUCAGAUCGCCGUGUUCGAACACGAUGUUGAGCCAUGUGCCGAGCUGCCUCACUUCCGGAAGUGGGAGGUCUCGACGAGUACACUUACACUGGCGAUGCGUGACAGCUUCUUCCGGAUGCUACUGCAUGAUGUUUGCCAGUUCCACGCCGUCAUUUCGACCAGUAGGAACGCGAGGGAUGGAACGCGGAUCACGCAGCUUCGCUUGCCGCUUCAUUACACGUGGUCGAACAUUGACACACGCAUCACGACGGAGCAACAGGCUCGCAGUUAAGUUGCGUCUCCGGCUGGGUGCUUGGAUUCGCUGGAGCUACUGGGAUCACCUUGUGGACUUAAUCCGCGGCGUUAAGCAGCCGUCGCUAGCAUGCAAACGGUGUUUUCUACCGAGUGU